GAGAAGAGGACAAAGAUACUCAGAGAAAAAGUAAAGGACUGAAGUAGGAGACUGGAGAGACCAGGAUCCUUCAAGCUGAACAAACUCAGCCGCAAAGCAGACUAGUCAGCCGGCUACAAUUGGAGUCAGAGUUCCAAAGAAAUGGGCUUGUUAGAGUGCUGUGCAAGAUGUCUUGUAGGGGCCCCCUUUGCUUCCUUGGUGGCCACUGGAUUGUGUUUCUUUGGGGUGGCACUGUUCUGUGGCUGUGGACAUGAAGCACUCACUGGCACAGAAAAGCUAAUUGAGACCUAUUUCUCCAAAAACUACCAGGACUAUGAGUAUCUCAUCAAUGUGAUCCAUGCCUUCCAGUAUGUCAUCUAUGGAACUGCCUCUUUCUUCUUCCUUUAUGGGGCCCUCCUGCUGGCUGAGGGCUUCUAUACCACCGGCGCAGUCAGGCAGAUCUUUGGCGACUACAAGACCACCAUCUGCGGCAAGGGCCUGAGCGCAACGGUAACAGGGGGCCAGAAGGGGAGGGGUUCCAGAGGCCAACAUCAAGCUCAUUCUUUGGAGCGGGUGUGUCAUUGUUUGGGAAAAUGGCUAGGACAUCCCGACAAGUUUGUGGGCAUCACCUAUGCCCUGACUGUUGUGUGGCUCCUGGUGUUUGCCUGCUCUGCUGUGCCUGUGUACAUUUACUUCAACACCUGGACCACCUGCCAGUCUAUUGCCUUCCCCAGCAAGACCUCUGCCAGUAUAGGAAGUCUCUGUGCUGAUGCCAGAAUGUAUGGUGUUCUCCCAUGGAAUGCUUUCCCUGGCAAGGUGUGUGGCUCCAACCUUCUGUCCAUCUGCAAAACAGCUGAGUUCCAAAUGACCUUCCACCUGUUUAUUGCUGCAUUUGUGGGAGCUGCAGCCACACUGGUUUCCCUGCUCACCUUCAUGAUUGCUGCCACUUACAACUUUGCCGUCCUUAAACUCAUGGGUCGAGGCACCAAGUUCUGAUCCCCUGUAGAAGUUUCCCUUUCGCUAAUAGCCAGGCUCUAACCACACAGCCUACAGUGCUGCGUCUCCCAUGUUAACUCUUUGCCUUUGCCACUGACUGGCUCUCUUCUUACUUGACAAGUGUAACAAGAAAGGAGGGUCUUGUGGUGAUUAAUGUCUCUCUGUGGACUCUCCCCUCUUAUGUACCUCUUUUAGUCAUUUUGCUUCACAGCUGGUUCCUGCUAGAAAUGGGAAAUGCUUCAGACGGUGACUCCCCAACUGCAACUUACAAAGAAAUGGAGGCUCUAAUUCAAUUCAAUUCAAUUCAAUUCAAUUCAAUUCAAGCAUCUCCUGAGGACCAGGAAGUGUUUUCUUCUCAAAGGGCACUUCUACCGAUGGAAACAAAGUUGAAAGAAAUACUCAUGUAGAGAGAAGGGAUAUACCUGGUUCCCUUUGACAUCUAUCAGGGCCAAAUAUAUUUUCCUUUGUGUACAAAACAAAGAACCCACUUCUGUCUCCCUAUUACCAUUGAAGAUAGAAGAAGAAGAAAAAAGAAUGCCAACAAAACAAUAACAGCAUUUUCCCAAAUCUGCCGACAAAACAAUAAGAGCAUUUGCCCAAAUCUACCUAUUGCAGCUGGGAAAAGGGGGUCAAAGCAAGGAUCUUUCACCCAUAGAAAGAGAGCACUGACCCUGAUGACGAUAGACUAUUUAAGCCCUAACUCAGCCAACCUUACUUAUAGCAUAAGGGAGUGUAAUAUCUAUGUAGACCAAGGAGGCACUUGGCCUUACAUCUUAUUAGAGAAGAGAGGCAGGGUGUUGUCAGCAUCUUCUCACUCCCUUCUUGAUAAUAACUACCAUGACAACCCUAUGGUUUCCAAGGAGCUGAGAACAGAGAGAAACUAGCUCAUAUGAAAUAAAAAGACUGGCCUAAGGAACAGCAGUUGUUAGUGGCUAACAGUGUAAACUGAGCUAGACCUCUGGUAGACACGGGAUAGAUAACUCUUCAGAUAGUGUGUCUUUUUUUCUGUUGAUUAGUUGUAUACUCUGGCCUCUGUCAUAUCUUCACAAUGGUGCUCUUUUCAUGGGAUAUUAUUCAUUCAGUCAUAGAAGAUGAUUUGAAGAUCUUGAUUUGUUUCAGAAUGAUGCAUAUUUCACAUUUUCCAAUUUGUUUAUCACUUGUUUGGUGUUGUACCAGAAAGGUCUAGAAAAUUAUUCUUUGAUUAUGAUUCUUUAACAAAUGACCAUUGAACAUUAAACAUUGCAAAUACUAUUUAAAAUUGGCUAGUCCCAUGCAUCUACUAGAUUUUCUCCAAAUUAUCUGCUCUUGGCAGAAAGAGAUUUGGUGAAUUUGAACCUCAAUUUGAAUAACUUAUAUGAUUGUUUUUUUAGGCUAGUGGGGGAUGAUUUGAUUUAGCAGUGUUACUUUGGUGUGUAAAGACUUAGGUUUGACAUACAGGUUAUUUUCCAGGUAUAAAUCACAUAACCAAAUGCCUUAACCAUCAGCCACCAUGGAAACGGAAGUAUGGAAAGAGUUUGAAACUUGAGUAACUGACAUGUUUCAGGCUUCUCUUUCUGUGUUUGUUAAUUUUGGGUUAAAAAAGAAAAAGCAGAGUGAUCUUUAUCAAAAGAAAGAUUUUAUGGAUAUUAUUGUAGGUGGCUCUUUUGUCUUACAGAGCUAUUUUUUCCCCAGACCAAAGUGGUUUCAACAAUGUUUAAGGAGGUAUAAGAUGUUUACAAAAAUAUUCUUAAUAUUUGUCUUAAGACCAGUAUACAAGAUAAGCUUCCAGGCUGAAUAGAGGGAGAAGAUGGAAAAGGUUCUGUAAGAAACCAAUCAAGAUCAAGGAAAGUGAAGUAAUUAUAUCUUGUGUUUUGUUUUGAUUCAAUAACGUAAUAAAUAACCAACCCUUUCCUGAAAACCUCUCAUGCAUACAUACACACAUAUACACACAUGAAGAGAGUUACCUGAAAGUGUUUCCUUCAUUUCUGAUAUGGAAUUUCAAUUUAACACACAUAAAGGAUAAACUUUUAGGAACUUAUCUUACAAAAUGUAUUUUAUAAAAUUAAAGAAAAAUAAAAUUAAGAAUGUUCUCAGUCAA